AUGGGUGCAGCGCGGUGGGAUGAGGUGCGGAGGAAGGGGUUCCACCGGCUGCUGCAGGGGUGGCUGCCUCUGCGCUCCCCCAUGGAUGGCUGCUCUGACUGGGAUGUGCUGGCACCUGAAAGGGGCAUGCAAGGUGGCACCUGCCGCAAGCUUUGUGAGCAGCCCCUUUGGGCCCAGAUGGGGUUCCUUUCAUCGGGUGAGUGCUGCGCCUCAUUCCCUCAACAUAAGGGCGGGCAGAUAGCUGCACCUGCAUUCUCUGAUCUGCGCCUCGUUCCCUGCCGCUCGUCUUCUUCCCACCUUUCUUCCCGUUCCCGCCUGUUGCUCUCUCGCCUCGCCAUCACUGACUCGACUCAGCAGCACCCAACGAGGCACUCAGAAUGCACCUCGAAGCUCACUCACAAUCUCUUCUUCCCAUAUGCUGGCAGCAAUCUCUUCUUCCCAUAUGCUGGCAGCAAUCUCUUCUUCCCAUAUGCUGGCAGCAAUCUCUUCUUCCCAUAUGCUGGCAGCAAUCUCUUCUUCCCAUAUGCUGGCAGCAAUCUCUUCUUCCCAUAUGCUGGCAGCAAUCUCUUCUUCCCAUAUGCUGGCAGCAAUCUCUUCUUCCCAUAUGCUGGCAGCAAUCUCUUCUUCCCAUAUGCUGGCAGCAAUCUCUUCUUCCCAUAUGCUGGCAGCAAUCUCUUCUUCCCAUAUGCUGGCAGCAAUCUCUUCUUCCCAUAUGCUGGCAGCAAUCUCUUCUUCCCAUAUGCUGGCAGCAAUCUCUUCUUCCCAUAUGCUGGCAGCAAUCUCUUCUUCCCAUAUGCUGGCAGCAAUCUCUUCUUCCCAUAUGCUGGCAGCAAUCUCUUCUUCCCAUAUGCUGGCAGCAAUCUCUUCUUCCCAUAUGCUGGCAGCAAUCUCUUCUUCCCAUAUGCUGGCACGGAGCAGGCGAACCACUUCUUACUCCUUCCUCUCUCUCCCCCCUCCUCUCGCCCCUACCCCCCCUCUCCCUCCCCUCGCUCCUCCUUUCUUAGGGCGUUGACGUGGCGGCAGAAGAGGGCGAGCCAAUCAGAGCUGCUCGCAGUGGUGUUGUGGCUCAUGUACGGCAAUCUGGUCCCUCUGACGCACGAGGCAGGCUUCACCGCCCACUACUCACAGUUCCUGAACGUCUCAACACUCUUCCAACUGCCUCUCCCCUCCUUCCCCCCCCUUCCCCACUUCACAUCAGAGGGUGCGAACAGGGCAGGUGGUGGCGCUGGUGGGCAACACUUGCAAGUCCGUGGCAUCGAAUCACACACCCUUUCUUCCCCCCCUACCCACCCGCCUCCAUCCUCCUCCCCCGUGCACUUCUCAUUUCCACUCGUCACUUCACCCCAGCAGAGGGUGCGAGCAGGGCAGGUGGUGGCGCUGGUGAGCUUGCUGAAGGUGAGCAUGCUGAAGGUGAGCAUGCUGAAGGUGAGUUUGCUGAAGGUGAGCUUGCUGAAGGUGAGCAAGCUGAAGGUGAGCAUGCUGAAGGUGAGCUUGCUGAAGGUGAGCAUGCUGAAGGUGAGCAUGCUGAAGGUGAGCAUGCUGAGGGUGAGCAUGCUGAGGGUGAGCAUGCUGAGGGUGAGCAUGCUGAAGGUGAGCAUGCUGAAGGUGAGCAUGCUGAAGGUGAGCUUGCUGAAGGUGAGCAUGCUGAAGGUGAGCAUGCUGAAGGUGAGCUUGCUGAAGGUGCUCAUGCUGAAGGUGAGCAUGCUGAGGGUGAGCAUGCUGAGGGUGAGCAUGCUGAAGGUGAGCAUGCUGAAGGUGAGCAUGCUGAAGGUGAGCUUGCUGAAGGUGAGCUUGCUGAAGGUGAGCAAGCUGAAGGUGAGCUUGCUGAAGGUGAGCUUGCUGAAGGUGAGCAUGCUGAAGGUGAGCAAGCUGAAGGUGAGCGAGCUGAAGGUGAGCAUGCUGAAGGUGAGCAUGCUGAAGGUGAGCUUGCUGAAGGUGAGCAUGCUGAAGGUGAGCAUGCUGAAGGUGAGCUUGCUGAAGGUGCUCAUGCUGAAGGUGAGCAUGCUGAGGGUGAGCAUGCUGAGGGUGAGCAUGCUGAAGGUGAGCUUGCUGAAGGUGAGCUUGCUGAAGGUGAGCAUGCUGAAGGUGAGCACGCUGAAGGUGCUCAUGCUGAAGGUGAGCAUGCUGAGGGUGAGCAUGCUGAGGGUGAGCAUGCUGAAGGUGAGCAUGCUGAAGGUGAGCAUGCUGAGGGUGAGCAUGCUGAGGGUGAGCAUGCUGAAGGUGAGCUUGCUGAAGGUGAGCAUGCUGAAGGUGAGCAUGCUGAAGGUGAGUUUGCUGAAGGUGAGCUUGCUGAAGGUGAGCAAGCUGAAGGUGAGCUUGCUGAAGGUGAGCAAGCUGAAGGUGAGCAUGCUGAAGGUGAGCAUGCUGAAGGUGAGCAUGCUGAAGGUGCUCAUGCUGAAGGUGAGCUUGCUGAAGGUGAGCUUGCUGAAGGUGAGCAUGCUGAAGGUGAGCAUGCUGAAGGUGAGCAUGCUGAGGGUGAGCAUGCUGAGGGUGAGCAUGCUGAAGGUGAGCUUGCUGAAGGUGAGCAUGCUGAAGGUGAGCAUGCUGAAGGUGAGUUUGCUGAAGGUGAGCUUGCUGAAGGUGAGCAAGCUGAAGGUGAGCUUGCUGAAGGUGAGCAAGCUGAAGGUGAGCAUGCUGAAGGUGAGCAUGCUGAAGGUGAGCAUGCUGAAGGUGCUCAUGCUGAAGGUGAGCUUGCUGAAGGUGAGCUUGCUGAAGGUGAGCAUGCUGAAGGUGAGCAUGCUGAAGGUGAGCUUGCUGAAGGUGAGCAUGCUGAAGGUGAGCACGCUGAAGGUGCUCAUGCUGAAGGUGAGCAUGCUGAGGGUGAGCAUGCUGAGGGUGAGCAUGCUGAAGGUGAGCAUGCUGAAGGUGAGCAUGCUGAAGGUGAGCUUGCUGAAGGUGAGCUUGCUGAAGGUGAGCAAGCUGAAGGUGAGCUUGCUGAAGGUGAGCUUGCUGAAGGUGAGCAUGCUGAAGGUGAGCAAGCUGAAGGUGAGCGAGCUGAAGGUGAGCAUGCUGAAGGUGAGUUUGCUGAAGGUGAGCUUGCUGAAGGUGAGCAUGCUGAAUGUGAGCUUGCUGAAGGUGAGCAUGCUGAAGGUGAGCAUGCUGAAGGUGAGCUUGCUGAAGGUGCUCAUGCUGAAGGUGAGCAUGCUGAGGGUGAGCAUGCUGAGGGUAAGCAUGCUGAAGGUGAGCUUGCUGAAGGUGAGCUUGCUGAAGGUGAGCAUGCUGAAGGUGAGCACGCUGAAGGUGCUCAUGCUGAAGGUGAGCAUGCUGAGGGUGAGCAUGCUGAGGGUGAGCAUGCUGAAGGUGAGCUUGCUGAAGGUGAGCAUGCUGAAGGUGAGCAUGCUGAAGGUGAGCUUGCUGAAGGUGCUCAUGCUGAAGGUGAGCAUGCUGAGGGUGAGCAUGCUGAGGGUGAGCAUGCUGAAGGUGAGCAUGCUGAAGGUGAGCAUGCUGAAGGUGAGCUUGCUGAAGGUGAGCUUGCUGAAGGUGAGCAAGCUGAAGGUGAGCUUGCUGAAGGUGAGCUUGCUGAAGGUGAGCAUGCUGAAGGUGAGCAAGCUGAAGGUGAGCGAGCUGAAGGUGAGCAUGCUGAAGGUGAGCUUGCUGAAGGUGAGCUUGCUGAAGGUGAGCAUGCUGAAGGUGAGCUUGCUGAAGGUGAGCAUGCUGAAGGUGAGCAUGCUGAAGGUGAGCUUGCUGAAGGUGAGCAUGCUGAAGGUGAGCACGCUGAAGGUGCUCAUGCUGAAGGUGAGCAUGCUGAGGGUGAGCAUGCUGAGGGUGAGCAUGCUGAAGGUGAGCUUGCUGAAGGUGAGCAUGCUGAAGGUGAGCAUGCUGAAGGUGAGCUUGCUGAAGGUGGGCAAGCUGAAGGUGAGCUUGCUGAAGGUGAGCAAGCUGAAGGUGAGCUUGCUGAAGGUGAGCUUGCUGAAGGUGAGCAAGCUGAAGGUGAGCUUGCUGAAGGUGAACUUGCUGAAGGUGAACUUCCUGAAGGUGAACUUGCUGAAGGUGAACUUGCUGAAGGUGAGCUUGCUGAAGGUGAGCAUGCUCAAGGUGAGCAUGCUGAAGGUGAGCAUGCUGAAGGUGAGCUUGCUGAAGGUGAGCAUGCUGAAGGUGAGCAUGCUGAAGGUGCUCAUGCUGAAGGUGAGCAUGGUGAGGGUGAGCAUGCUGAGGGUGAGCAUGCUGAAGGUGAGCAUGCUGAAGGUGAGCAUGCUGAAGGUGAGCUUGCUGAAGGUGAGCAAGCUGAAGGUGAGCUUGCUGAAGGUGAGCUUGCUGAAGGUGAGCAAGCUGAAGGUGAGCUUGCUGAAGGUGAACUUGCUGAAGGUGAACUUCCUGAAGGUGAACUUGCUGAAGGUGAACUUGCUGAAGGUGAGCUUGCUGAAGGUGAGCUUGCUGAAGGUGAGCUUGCUGAAGGUGAGCUUGCUGAAGGUGAGCAUGCUGAAGGUGAACUUGCUGAAGGUGAGCUUGCUGAAGGUGAGCUUGCUGAAGGUGAGCUUGCUGAAGGUGAGCUUGCUGAAGGUGAGCUUGCUGAAGGUGAGCUUGCUGAAGGUGAGCUUGCUGAAGGUGAGCUUGCUGAAGGUGAGCUUGCUGAAGGUGAGCUUGCUGAAGGUGAGCUUGCUGAAGGUGAGCUUGCUGAAGGUGAGCAAGCUGAAGGUGAGCAUGCUGAAGGUGAACUUGCUGAAGGUGAGCUUGCUGAAGGUGAGCUUGCUGAAGGUGAGCUUGCUGAAGGUGAGCUUGCUGAAGGUGAGCUUGCUGAAGGUGAGCUUGCUGAAGGUGAGCUUGCUGAAGGUGAGCUUGCUGAAGGUGAGCUUGCUGAGGGUGAGCAAGCUGAAGGUGAACAUACAUUCCAGCACUUUGGAAUCUACUUCCCCCUCUCUCCUCUUCACUCCUCCCCUCGGCCAACAUUAA